GAGCGCGUGGGGGGUUAAGAGUUCCAGCUCCGUGCACAGGCCGCCGCCGUUCCAGUCGGAGCCGCUUACAGUUUAACCUCAGCCCGCUCACAACUUCGCUCUGUCCCGCUGACACACCCAGAAGAAGCGGCUCCAUCGACCGGGACUCGGUUAAACCCUAGCGGGCCGGAUAAGGCGGGUUUCUCCGGGGCUUCGCUGGCUGGCGGUGCGAGAUGCCGACGCUGCGGGACAGCAGUGCGACCCACCCGGUGGAGAACCAGCACCAGGUCCGGGUGAAGGCCUACUACCGCGGGGACAUCAUGAUCACCCACUUUGAGCCGUCCAUCUCCUACGAGGGCCUGUCCAGCGAGGUGAGGGACAUGUGCUCUCUGGAUAACGACCAGCUCUUCACCAUGAAGUGGAUCGAUGAGGAAGGUGACCCCUGUACUGUGUCGUCUCAGUUGGAGCUGGAGGAAGCUCUGCGGCUUUAUGAACUCAACAAAGACUCCGAACUCAUCAUCCAUGUGUUUCCCUGCGUUCCGGAGAAGCCGGGAAUGCCGUGUCCAGGAGAAGACAAGUCCAUAUACCGGCGUGGAGCGCGGCGCUGGAGGAAGCUCUACUACGCUAACGGACACGCCUUCCAGGCCAAGCGCUUCAACAGGCGGGCUCACUGUGCUAUCUGUACUGACCGGAUCUGGGGGCUGGGCCGGCAGGGCUAUAAAUGCAUCAACUGCAAACUGCUGGUGCACAAGAAAUGCCACAAACUGGUGACGGUGGAGUGCGGCCGACAGAUGAUACAGGAGCCGAUGCCGGGCCGAGGGGACCAUGUGCCACACCCACCGGACCACACAGAGAUAGUUCACAAAAACUCCUCAGAGAGCAUCAAUCACGAAGGAGAGGAGCAUGAGGCGGGGGGCAGCAGAGACCCUGGUAAGGCCCCCUCCAGUCUGGGUCUGGCUGAUUUCGACCUGCUGAGGGUGAUCGGACGUGGGAGCUACGCUAAAGUGCUGCUGGUGCGGCUGAAGAAGACAGAGAGAAUCUACGCCAUGAAGGUGGUGAAGAAGGAGCUGGUGAACGAUGACGAGGAUAUUGACUGGGUCCAAACAGAGAAGCAUGUGUUUGAGCAGGCCUCCAAUCACCCGUUCCUGGUGGGCCUUCACUCCUGCUUCCAGACUGAGAGCAGGCUCUUCUUCGUGAUUGAGUACGUGAACGGAGGAGACCUGAUGUUCCACAUGCAGCGGCAGAGGAAGCUUCCAGAAGAACAUGCAAGGUUUUAUUCGGCUGAGAUCAGUCUGGCUCUGAACUACCUCCACGAACGAGGCAUCAUCUACAGAGACCUGAAACUGGACAACGUCCUGCUGGAUUCUGAGGGACACAUCAAACUCACUGAUUACGGCAUGUGCAAGGAGGGGCUGAGGCCAGGAGACACCACCAGCACCUUCUGCGGCACCCCCAACUACAUCGCCCCUGAAAUCCUCAGAGGGGAAGACUACGGAUUCAGUGUGGACUGGUGGGCGUUAGGGGUGCUGAUGUUUGAGAUGAUGGCCGGUCGGUCUCCGUUUGACAUCGUGGGCAGUUCAGACAACCCUGACCAGAACACUGAGGAUUACCUCUUCCAGGUAAUAUUGGAGAAGCAGAUCAGGAUCCCGAGGUCAUUGUCAGUGAAAGCAGCCAGCGUCCUGAAAGGAUUCCUCAACAAGGAGCCGAAGGAGCGUCUGGGCUGUCACCCUCAGACGGGUUUUGCUGACAUCAUGGCCCAUCCUUUCUUCAGAAAUGUGGACUGGGACCUGAUGGAGCAGAAGCAGGUCGUCCCGCCCUUCAAACCAAACAUUUCUGGAGAGUUCGGCCUGGACAACUUCGACACCCAGUUCACCAACGAGCCCAUCCAGCUCACACCGGACGAUGAUGAUGUGGUGAAGAAGAUCGAUCAGUCGGAGUUCGAAGGCUUCGAGUACAUCAACCCGCUGCUCAUGUCUGCGGAGGAGUGUGUGUGAGACAGCACACACGGGCUGUCGGGGGUCUUCGGACCUCCUCGUCUCUUGCCAAACGUCUCUCACUGUCUGCCAUACGAAACCACUCGUCCUUAACGCCUCUUCUACCUUUUCUCCUUUUUUUAUUCUCCUCCUGUUUUCAUAACACGCAGAGCUGCACUGAUUGGAGGAUAUAUUGACCGUUGCCUUCUCUGAUUGGUCAGUGUGGGUCAGAGGGCGGGGUUUGGGUUACUGGACACUAAAGCAGAGCGAUUAGCAUGGGCUUACCUCUUGUGGCUACUUCCUGAGAAGACUUUUAUUUGUACAUAUCUAAGGAAAUCAAUAGGUGUCUAUAGUGAAGCCCUUUUUUAAAAACUACCAGAAUUCUAAGGAUGUUAAAUGUUUUUCAUAGAACGUCUCAGCGUCGUCCUCUAGAGCGCAGGUUAGCCUUUAUUUUAAGAUUUUCUUUUCUUUUUUAAUUUAAUUACGUUGUAGAGUAUAUAUGGAAUAUCUACAGAGUUAUCCGGGUAGAUUUUGCGACAGGAAAAUAAAAGAAAUAUGACCAAUAUGUGGAGCAGAGGAACACAAACAAACACUAACGCUAGAAACCUUCUUCUGACUGUGAACGGCUGCGUUUAUGAGCUGAGAGGAGGUUUAGCUCAGAAAGUUGACCAAAAAGAGCCGUGAAGGAAACCUAAAAGCGUAGCUACAUUACAGGCCUCUCUGUAGAAAUCGAGCUGCCUCGUCGUUUGAGGACAGUACAGUUGCUGGGGGUGUUUUUAUUUUCUCCCCUUUCUUAGCUUUAGAUAUUUUUCCCUGUUGAGUAUGCAUUGCCUUUCUGCCUCUUUGUUUAGUCUUUUUUUGUUUCUUUAUGUUUUUGUAAGGUUACGGAACAAAAUAAGAGCGGUGAACAUGUACGCAUUGUUUUUUUCUGUCCUGUUUGUGAGAAUUAUGUUUUUUUAUUUUGGUUCUUUUUUUUCCUCCAAAUCUCAUCAAAUAGCUAGGGUUUUAUAUAUGACCUGCAGAAGUCUUAGUCCAUCUGAGAAAAUCAGAUGUAAAGAUAUUUAUCUGGGCAGUAAACAUUUAUUUACCUUUCUUUGUUCAAAGAAACGCUGAAUAAAUAACCGACCUCUACUGUUUCCAAAGCUGUAGCUCAGUAUUAAUUGUAGUUCUUCUCCAAUACUCAGUUUGUCUAAUCAAUAAUUGAAUAAAUUAACUCAGAAUUGAACAAAUCAAACCCAGCCUGUGUUGUUCCAACUGGACUCCUCCAGUCCACUUAUUCAUAACACAUUCUGACUACUGACAACUGUAUUUAUGCUUAUUUGUAUUUAUUAUAAUCAGUGUUGUCAUCGUUCAUAUUGCAUUAUUUAAAACAUCAGAACUCAGGCUGAAGCCCGGCUGCGGCGCGCUGAUGCUCUGACACCACGUCUGUAGUCCUUUCAUUCAUAUAUGGCUUUUAAAGCUCUACUGACGAUUCUCUUCAUAAAACCUAAAUUAUUUGCAGCUCCUGCAGUGCCGCAAAUUUGCUGAAAAUCACCAAAGCACAUCGAGCCUGGAGCGUCAUUUUCAAGCCAAACUCAGCGCUGAUGCUGCAGUAUCAGUAAUGGAACUAUGAAAAAAUCAAUGAGCAGCAAACUAACAAAAGCAGCAGCAGCUUGGUGGAGCUUCGGUUCCCCUCAAGACCCUCCACUGUAACAAGAACCCACGAGCUGAAUGAACGAGUGUGAGAGAUACAAUCAUGGAGGAGCUGAAGCACUGACUGUAUAUAUAUGAUAUGUAUGAUAUAUACACUCAUCGACUGUAUAUAUGAUAUAUACAUGCUCAUUGACUAUAUAUGAGCUCAUUGACUAUAUAUGAUAUAUACGUGCUCUGACUAUAUAUCUACAAUUAUUGACUGUGUAUAUGAUAUAAAUUAUAUAAAUGCUCAUUGAUUGUAAAUAUGAUAUAUGCAGUCAUUGGUUAGGCUGAAGUUAGGAUGAUAAACCCCUCCUGAUGUGGUUAAUUUGGUUGUUUUGUCUGCUCGUACAGCUGUAGCUGCUUUCUAAAUGGAGCAGAUCUGUGUUUAGGCUCAAAUCAGAGCAGAUAAGAUCAGCCACAGCUACACAGACUAACGUGGGGAAUCAUUUUGCAGCCCUGACUGGCGCUGUACAGUGUUUUACAGUCGCGCUUACUGCCCAGAUAAACACUCUUAAACACUUUUCUCGGCUGCCUGAGACUCUGCAGUAGUGUGUGUGUCGAUCCUGUGGUACUGCGGUUCUGGUGCAGCGUGAAAUGGACCUCGGACACUAAUGACCAAAUACAGCACUCAAACGCGACAUGUACGUACAGGUAGACACUCCUGCACGCCGCUACGCCUCCUCAUCCAGCCCGGCAGAUGUGGAGUCUGCUGUGUUCUGACAGAUGUUGGUGAGGAGCCCAUUAGCACCCUGGCGCAACAGACCAUCCGACCGUUUACAGAUCGUUACGCAUUCCUCAGCAGCACCCUGACGCGCUCCCACACCCCGAGAGCUGGAGUGCGCCUCUCCUCUCUCUGUUCCCCUUUUCUGGAGUUGCGCUAUUUAAUGGAAACUCUGAUUAAAGUAAGAACGCGAUCACGAGGCCGUGUUCACUGAACACUACAACAAAAAAACACUUCUGUUACUUGAUGAAGCAUCUGUUCAUGAAAAAUGCGGUUUAAAAUAAAAAGAUUGAUAAUAAUGAAAGACGUUUGCUAUUC